AUCUGACCCACCGCUGCAGUGCGCAGCUCACCCUCACCUUUAAACUCCCCUUUAAACCUCAGGUUACAGUGUGGGACUCUGCGGGGGGGGGGACCUCAGCUCGAGGGCGUCAUGCAGAAUAAUGGAUAAACUCUGGAGAACUUCUCCCAGUGGAGGUGCACCACCCCUUCAACUCUGCAGCCUGUGACUGUUUAAACCUUUUAAAAGCUCCUGCACUCACUUGUAUGCGUGAGGCGAGGCUGCAGCAGCAGAUGACAGAAGUUUGGAGCCGGUUCCUGAGUUAGUGAAGCCGCUGAGAGGAAGUCGUUCACCGGGUGUCGCCUCCUGCUGCUCCUCCUUCUCCUGCUCGGUUCUUCUCCUCACCUGAGGCGCGCACCCCUCCCAGCCAGGCAGCCAGGCCCCGGCCCACAGCUUCUCUCCGCGGGCCUCCCCUCCCUCCACGGCGGUCAGGAUGGCCCUCGGGACACCGGGAGCUCUGGCCACCUGGAGAGCCACGAUUUUACUCCUCCACCUCAUCUCAGCCGCGGUGGCAAAACGACACGUCGUGUUCUGGAACUCCACCAACACCAGGUUAACGGCAGGAGAUCUGUCCAUCCAGGUGAAUCUGAACGACUACCUGGACAUCAUCUGCCCCCACUUCCCCAACAAGGAAACCCUGGGCCCCCGGCAGCCGGAGACUCUGGCCCUCUACCUGUUGGGGGAGGCAACGUUCCAGGGCUGCGUGGAGACCAAAGGAGCGAUCAAGAGAUGGGAGUGUAACACCCCCUUUGCUCCAUUUGGACCGGUGCACUUCUCUGAGAAGAUCCAGAGGUUCACACCCUUCUCACUGGGGUUUGAGUUUCUCCCAGGGCACCACUACUACUACAGCUCUCUACCCACAGAUGAAGGGCCUGUUCUGCCAUGUAUGAAGUUGCGUGUCACUGUGUGUUGUGAGCCCACAGCGGAGGGUUCGAAACAAACACAAGUAACCGCACCUCUGAGUAGUGCUUCCUCACUGCGGACAGCUCCACUCCUCCUCAUCCUCAGCCUUCACCUGCUGACCACCUGACCCCCCCCCUCAUCCGUCCUCACCACCGACCUCGCCUCCUGCUCCCCGUAAGGAUCAGGAGUCGCUACUCAGACGAUCAAGUACACAAUGCAAUCUGCGCUCAGACAGCGAAUGACACAAUGCAAUCUACACUAAGCUAUUGCAAAUGACCAACAUUACCUUGUGAGUGUUUGACCUGUGAUAUUCCAGGAAGAAUCAUGUUGGGGAUUUCUCUUCGGAAACGGGGGCCACGGUGACUCAGGGACUGAUUUACCGAAUCACUGUGAUUCAUUUCUUGUUAUUUCCUCCUGUCACUUGUUGUGUAAGUAGCAGCUCAGAAUAAUACACACAGGGCUUUGGCCUACUCAUGAGAAUCAUAUCCCAGUCUGCCUCUGCCAGAAGAACAAUGAGUCUGUCCGGAUGUGUUCCAACAAAGUUCUCUCAGUUUUUCAUUUCUGUUUCUUAUCCUGUUUUUCCUUUUCUACUUAGUUUCUUUUAUUUGCUUUUUUUGUUUGUGUUCUAAACCUGUCUCCAGUUGAGAAUUGGCCAAAUAAACACGUUCUAUUG